AUGAACAGAGAGCUGGAGGAAGGUGGAAAAAGAGAAGCUAUCUAUAAUGCAGAUGUGUCAGCUGUGACAGAGAAGAAGAAAAGACAAUUGGGUAAUCCCCCAGCACAGCACAGACAAGAGCGUGCCAGUCCACAGAGGAGCCUUGAGACCUAUUCCUAUGACAGAUACCAUGCCAUGGGGGAGAUCUAUCAGUGGAUGAGCCAGGUCAGCAAGAAGCAUGCAGGAGUGCUGACGCAGCAUUUCCUGGAAAUGACCUAUGAGACCUGGCCCAUGCACUACCUGAAGAUAAGCUUAUCAUCCAUCAAUCCCAAGAAGAUCAUUUGUAUGGGGUGUGGAAUUCAUGCCAGAGAAUGAAUUGCCCCUGCUUUUGCCAGUGGUUUUUGAAAGAGGGACAUGUCUAAUGAUAAAGACAAUGCAAGGAUCGGCAGGCUCCUUAAAGAACUAGACUUGUUUGUGCUUCCUGUCCUGAACACCGACGGUUAUAUCUGCACUUGGACAACAGCGUGGACACUGCCUGUGGGCCAGGGUAUCAGCAUGUCCAUAAACUGCCAAGAUGUAACAUUCUGUGGGGUAGAACUAAUGUCAGAACCAGAGACCAACUCCAUCUCAAGCCUUAUAGAAAGCAAAGCAAAAAAAAAAAAAAAAUCCUGUGCUCCUGAUGGGCAGCUCAUUCUCACACUGCAUGGCUACACCAAAAAUAAACCAAGUAACUAUGAGCAUCUAAUUCAAGUUGGACAGAAGGCGGCAAGCACACUGAAAGCAAAGCACGGAACCAAUUAUAGAGUUGGAGCGAGUGCAGAGAUUUUAUGGUCCUCAAAAGACUAGGAUGGAGACAUUGGGAUCCCCUUCUUGUACACAUUUGAGCUAAUGGACAAUGGUACCCGGGGUUUGCUGUGA